GUUGAGGUCACUGAAGCACUUGCCCGCGCCGAGGCCGACGGCGCCAUCAGCUCCCUCACGGUCAACAUGUUCGGCGACCCAGUUCAGUACAUCCCAUCUACACCUCCCUUGAGACUGCGUGUGAAGCCCACAAAGUCCAAGAAAAAACUCAGCCGUACAACCAAGGAGCAAGGCGAACUCCUGUUUCGCAAAUACGGCAACGGCUGCAACAACCAGCUCGGUGAGCUACGGCCUGUAGCGCCAAGUCAUGACGACAACGAGGACAACGACUCGUGCAGGACCUUACAAACCAUGCCGUACGACGUCGCGGCGACCAAGAUUCAACUCGCAUGGCGCUGCCACUUCUCGAGAGAGUUGAAGUCGCGUCUCCAAGCUCAAGUUGGCCGACCAGCGCAGCUCCAAAUCCACGAAAUCCAUGUGUCCGACAAAUGGAUACGUCUAGGCGUGUACUGCAUCGUGACAGUGCUGCGGCGUCCGUAUGGCCCUCUCAUGUACCAAUACAAGUCAGAGAUGACCAAGACGAAGAUGUUGUCAAAACAACCGCCAUUCUUCGUCCCGAUCAUGUCGAGCAAGUACGAUGUCAUCGUGACCGUAGUAGCAGAGCCGUCCAAGCUCCAGUACCCCAUCUUCCUCGGCCAGGCGAUUCUGCAUGUCGAGGACUGGUGGACAUCUUUCAACCAAAUCCAGCGCGUGUCAUUCCAAACGUAUCGGUAUCCUGUGGACAUUCAACUUCAGAAUUCGGAUCGGCUGCUGGAUGGUCACGUCGGCUUAAGCGUGGUGUCGCUGAACGCCUCCAUGACGUCGUUCUCGGGCCAGUUGGCCGUUCGCCCCAAUACCGUCAGCAAAACCCUCGCAGCCAUCAAGACUCGCAUGGGGAAGUUGUACGUGAAGAACAGUUUAUCCUAUGAGUCGUCGCUCUCGUGGUGCCAAAAUGGCCCCGACAUUAUUCAGUGGGGUGUCUUGACUGAGACGUUCCUGACCAUCUACAACCAAGGGGCGUCGGUCCCGUGCAAGAACUUCGACCUGCGACGCAUCCAACUCAUCCACACCACGUCUCCACUACACGUGAAGCGGCACUAUCUCAGAAUCUACUACGAAGGCACCAUCCACACGUUCGGCGUCGACUCGAGCUACGACUACGGCCAGUGGAUCUACCGCAUCGAUGCAAACCGACGGAAGCUCCUCGUCCCUUAAUUUAAUCCAUCGAAUCGGAAUUUUCAUAUUCAAG